AUGACUGUGCGAGCAUCAUUGACCGUCAAAGCAGCAAAGAAACAGCUACGAAAUCAAAUCAAAGCCAGCCUCAAAACAAUCUCACAGGAAUCAUUGGCUUCUCAGUCGCAACACAUUUUAUCAAGACUUGUCAAUAAUCCCACAUUUCAAAAUGCACAAUCAGUAGCUGUGUUUAUGAAUAUGCCGGAUCUGGAGAUUAAAACUCUUCCUAUCCUAAAGCAAUGCUUUCAAUUGAACAAAUUGGUUUACUUGCCCCGAUGCAAUACAGUGCCCGUGAAGCAUCGGAAACCAAACCAUCUCUCCAUGCUCAGGAUUGCCACCUAUGACGAUGUUUUACAGUUGCAACCACAAGGUAAGUACCAGCUACUCGAACCAACCGUUGGUGAGGACGCAUUAGAAUUGGGGGAUUUGGAUCUCAUCUUAUUACCAGGAGUAGCAUUUUCAACCACUUUACAACGAUUAGGCCACGGCGCUGGGUUUUACGAUGAAUUCUUAUCAACUUACAAGCAAAAAUGGUCUAAAUUACCAGCUUUGAUAGGCCUUGCGUUACAAGAACAAAUUGUUCCGGAAAACAGCUUGCCAGUCGAGGAUCACGAUUACGGUCUCGAUCAGAUAAUAACCAGCUCACGUACAUUUCCUUCAUUACCACAAAUUUGA